AUGCUGAUGGUGCAGUCGCCGGUUUUUGCUCUGAGCGCCAGAGCUGCUAGUUGCUCGUCCUAUCGCGGUCUGACUGGCAUCAUCAGCUCAUCGUCGGCCUCGCGCUAUUCCACCUCCACUCCGACUCCGCCUACAUCACCUUCUUCGGUGCCGCCUUUGAAGCGGAUGGACCGCUCGAAGGUCAAGAUUACUGUCGACACAGAGCUGCCAGAUGUCCGCCCGCCCAGGCUAGUUCUCCACUACACCAUCUUCUUCGCCGUCAUCGCCGUCGCCUCCCUUGGCUUCUUUAACUACGGGCGCCAACAAUCGCCUCUUGUCGCGUCGGCACUCUACUCCGCCCGCCGCUCCCCGUCCGCGACCGAAGCGCUGGGCUCCAACAUCCGGUUCCGCGACUCCUUUCCCUGGAUCUCGGGCUCGAUCGACCUUCUUAAGGGCUACGUCGAAGUAUCGUUCAGUGUCAUUGGAUCAAAGGGUGUGCCAGCGACGCUGCAUUUCAAGAGUACUAGAAAACACAAGAGGGAGCAAUUCGUGAUGGAGGCUUGGGAACUUGUCUUUGAUGACGGACGGACGAUAAAUCUGCUGGAGGAGGAUGAUGAGGAGCCGGAACUUGCGCUUGAACAGGACAAGGGUCAGGAGGCAAAGGCGUGA